AUGGAAAACACAGACAAACGCGUUGAAAGCAGACGCAACGGUCAGGAAUUAUGGUGGCUAGUAUGCAAGCCUGCUAUAGCCGGUUUGUUGGACCACGCAGGGACUUACUCACCUGAAGAAAAAGAACGGCAAUUGACGUUCUUCCGGCGACACGUUACACCCUGGCUAGGGCCACCACCACUGUCAGAUGGCGCUCAUGCUGUCAACCCGAUUGAUGUGACCUCACCCGUUGAAGCAAGCAUCAACUUCACGUCGUUGGCCAAACCCAUCGUACGCUAUCAAUAUGAACCUUUGAGUGCCACGAGAGAACGGCAAGGCAUACUCGCUGAGAAUUUCGGACAAAACCAUGUGCGAGAGAUGCUUUCGCAGAUGAAGGAAGAGAUCAGAGAUAUCGACUUGCAUUGGGCUGACCAGUUCAUCGAGAACCUGUUCCCAAACAAUGAAGCCGAGGUCGAGUUGGCUCUCAAGCGUGCGCAGACGGAGCUUCCUCCCCCUCUUGACCACGCCCUCACUUUCAACAUGGCCCUCGACCUCAGCGGCGCUACCCGUAAGAUGAAGGCAUAUAUGUUUCCCAUGGCCAAGAAUCUUGCCACCGGCCGUCAUCGCGAUGCGCGAGAUGCAGGAUUCGACGCCAUACGGAACUUGAAGCCGCACGGCGAUAAGCUGGUCCCUGCCGUCGAUUUUCUCGACAGGUACUGGGAUACUUGCCCCGAGAGGUUGAUCCUGGACAUGAUUGGCAUGGAUUGCAUCGACCCGUCCAAGGCCCGGAUCAAGAUCUAUGCACACGUGUCGACGCGCAACAGCUGGGACUUGAUCCGUCACGUCUCCACGUUCGGCGGACAAGCAACCGACCCCGAUCGCCUGAGGGGGCUUGAAAUCUUACACUCGCUCUGGGAUGUUUUGCGGAACGAGCAGUCCAAUCCUGGCGAAGACUACGACAAGCCUAUGCGACAUCCGACCUCGUUCCUGGGAAGCAUCAUGUUCAGCUUCGAGAUAGUGCCCGGCCGCCAAAUCCCUGAAGUCAAGAUAUACGUUCCCAUGUGGCAAUACUCGCCGAGCGAUGGUCAUGUGGCCAAAAACCUGAUCUCUGCGUUCCAGAAGCUAGGCUGGCAUGACGUUGCUGAAAACUACUUGCCCAACCUACGCCGGACGUUUCCUGGUGCCGAUCUCGACUCGCCGUCAUCGGUGCUGCACAGCAAUCUGUCGUACUCGUACUCUCCAGCGACAGGUGCAUACAUAAGCGUCUACUAUGCGGUCAGCGGGAAUGCCACUACUGCGACUGGUCAGGCAGAGUAA